CGGUGUGCCCGGUGCCCCCGGCGCAGAGCCUUCUUGUAGCAACCAAGCAUUUGUCUGCCCCGUCACUUCGUGCCUCUGCCCGCUUCUCGUGGCGUUGUGCGUUUUCCCCACCUUUCCCCUCCCGCUGCCCGCGGAUGCGGUGGUGACCGCUGCUUUGCGUGCUUUCCCCGCUGCUGAACCCACCGGCGCUGGGGGAUGGAGGCUCUGCUGGCGGGAAUGCAGAGGAAUGGCCAGGGGAGUGGGUUCCUGACGUCCUGUGAAGCUGAGCUGCAGGAGCUGAUGAAGCAGAUUGACAUCAUGGUGGCUCACAAGAAGGCGGAAUGGGAGGGACAGACCCAGGCGCUGGAAGCUUGCUUGGGUGUUCGAGAGCAGGAACUUUCCUCUGCCAGGGCUGCGCUGGAGGAAAAGCAUAAAGAGGUUGGCAAGUUACGGCAGCAGCUGGAAGACAUGGAGACAGCCAAACAGGACUUGGUUAGGGAAUACGAGCAGCAGCUGAAGAAGUUUCAAGAGGAGUUGGCUAGGCUGAGGAGAAGCUAUGAGAAGCUGCAGAAGAAACAGCUGAGAGAUGCUAGAGAAGAGGCCAACAAGAGGCAAGGGGACGACCAGUUUGAAAUGAGCCGACUGAGCAGGAAGCUGGAGGAGUUCCGUCAAAAAUCCCUUGACUGGGAGAAGCAGCGUUUGCUCUACCAGCAGCAGGUGGCAUCACUGGAAGCACAGAGGAAGGCUUUGGCUGAGCAGUCUGAGCUCAUUCAGCAGAGUCAGCUUGCCAGUCGGAAGCAGAUUCUGGAGUCGAUGGAGCUGGCGAGCCGAUCAGAAAUCCAGCACUUAACCAGCAAGCUGGAGAGAGCCAACGAUGCUGUCUGUGCCAACGAGCUGGAGGUGGAGAGGCUUAACAUGAGGGUGGAUGAUCUGACUGAAAACAAUCGCAUGAUUCUGGAAGACCAGCAGAGAGUUGAAGAAGAACUGAGGCAAUCCAAGAAAAUGCUCGAGGUGUUACAGGAUGAGAAGAUGGAGCUCAGAGCCACCUUGCAGUCUCAGGAGGAUUUCAUUGACAGCUCCAAGCUGCACCAGGAGCAAUUGCAAAAAGAGCUGGCCAGGGUGACUGAAACUCUUCACACAAAGGAAAUCCUCAUCAGGGCCUUGGAGGAACGCUUGCAGGAGAAGCAGUUGUCUUCUCCAGGGCUGGAGCAUGUACUCCUGCAGCUGGAUGUUGCCCAGGAGAAGGAGCAGCAGUUGCAGGCAGAGGUGACUCACCUGGAGGACAGCCUGGUGUCUUCAAAUGCAAGGUGUGUACAGCUGAGCGAAGAGCUGGCUGAGAGUAUCAAAGAGCUGCAGUCAAUGGAAGAGCACCGUAGCGAGUCAAAGGCGGAGAUUAAAAAGCUGAAAGAGCAGCUCUCUCAGGCUGAACAAAUUCACAGAGGUGAGCUGGAAGGGAUGAGAAAGGAGAUCUCGAGGUUAACACAGGAAUUACACCAGAGGGACAUCACCAUUGCCUCUGCAGGCGGCUCCACGUCAGACCUAGAACAGCGGCUGAGGAUGGAGAUUGAAAGAGCAGAGAGGAAAGCAGUGGAGCACAGGGUGAUUCUAGUGCAGCUGGAGACCUUAAAGCUGGAGAACCGUCACCUCUCGGAGAUGCUGGAAAAGGUGGAGCUGGGUGUGCUGGAGGGAAAAGAUGCCACCCUGAGAGCACUCAGUGAAGAUUAUGUCUUGGAAUUAAACAAAUUAAAAUCAGAGAACCAGCAGCUGAAGAAGGAUCUAUCAGAGGCCAGGGAGAAACUGGAUCUCACGACCCAGGUCUGCCAGAGUCAGCCUGAGGGCACUGCUCAGUGGUUGCAAAGUGAAGAGCAUGAGCCCAGGGAUGUGCAGAGCAGGACAACUCAGGAAUCACAGCAUAAACAGGAUGAACAAACAGAGAAAAUACAUCACAAGCCUGACGAGACUACUCAGCAUCAUCAGGGAUGGAAGAUCCAGCCUUUACCUGCUGAAAUGGGAGCUGUGAUCCCUGAAGCUGCUGAGCUACCCACCCAGAUCAGCAGGAAGAUCUGCGUGGAGUCACCCACCCCUGCUCCAGGUGCCUUCCAUGGCACAGAUUCUUUGGUCCUUGUGCUGGAUGAUGGCAAAGAUUUUCCAGAUGGAGCAUCCAAGCAGUCAAAUCACGAACAAGAAUCUGUACCUUUGUGCCCCCUGCCUACAUCUUCAGUUGGCUCAGUAGCUGCCCGAUACCUGGAAGAGGAAGAACUGAGAUCCCAGCACAUCCUGGAAUGCCUGGAUGCUCACAUAGAGGAACUGAAAAAAGAGAGUGAAAAGAUAGUGAGACACUUUGGACACCAGGAAUGACAUUUCCUCAAGUGCACUCAGUUGGAGCACUGCUUUCCUUGCAUGGUUUCAAACUGCAGCAGAGGGAGGUACCUGCAAAGCAAUUGCUGUUGGAGCUUGAGGAGCUGAGUCAGCAGGCUGGAUGCUGGGAAGAACAUGUGCAGGAAUGCCCUGCAUCAGAUCAGAAAGGAAAUGUGCCCCCACCACAUGUUGGUCAGCUUCCAAGGGCUAGAAGGCUGUGGGAGAGAUACAUGUUUGUGCAUCCACCUGCAAAGACUUCAUGUUGUUUUUAAAAGCGAAGCAUUUGUUCAAUUUAAUGUAAAGUAUUUUAUGUGUAUUUGAUACGUGUAAAAGCGUUGAAAUAAAGCAAAGUGGAAAAACA